AUGGCGUCGUCGGUAAGGGCAGUGCUUUCUCGUCCUCUAAUGGCGUCUCUACAUCGCCUACUGGUGCCGCCGAGGUCGCGCCUAUCUCUGCUGACCACCGCUCGUUUGCUCUCCCUCUCGCACGCUGCGAUCGAACAAAACGUGUCCGUUUCUCCUCAGACCGCGGACACCGUUCUAAUGGUGGCGCCCAAGUACUUCAACCUGAACCUAGCUACGGCUACCGACAACAUCUACCAAACCCUUCCCGACCAGCUGAAGGGAGCCAGCAGUGACCAGAUUGUGGGCCUGGCAACGAAGGAGUUCGAGGGACUCGUCUCUCUACUGAGGGGGAACGGAGUGCGCGUUUUAGUGGUAGAGCCGCUGGAAGAACACAAGGAUUGUACGGACGCCGUGUUUCCCAACAACUGGGUGUCGUUUCACGAAGGCAAGAUAGCUCUCUACCCCAUGAUGGCCGAGAACAGACGGCGAGAGAGACGAAUGGACGUGGUCGAGAGUCUCUGCCGAGAGCUCCGCGCCGACAUCGUCGAUUAUUCGCCGUGGGAGAACCAGGGGAUGUUUCUAGAAGGGACAGGGAGCAUGGUACUGGACCGAACGAACCGCCUCUGCUACGCGUGUCUCUCUCAGCGUACGCACCCGGAGGUCCUCGUAGGGUUCUGCCGGGAUUUCGGCUACACACCGGUCGCAUUCGAGGCUACUCAACUAGCAGAGGACGGCAAACUCCGUCCCGUUUACCACACCAACGUCAUCUGUAGCGUUGGAGACGGUUUUGUAGUCCUCUGCACGGAGCUAAUCAGAGAAGCUGGCCAGAGAAAGAUGGUGCUGGACACCAUCAGAUCAAGCAACAAAGAGCUAGUCGAUAUUGACGAGGAGCAAGUGUUCAAUUUUGCAGGGAAUAUUCUACAGUUGAGCGGGCCUGGAGGUGAGAGGUUGCUGGUCAUGUCGAGCGCAGCGUACGAGUCGUUCCGGUCUGACCAGUUGGCGUCGCUACGGAGACACGUCGACGUCAUUCUCCACGUUCCCCUGCCGACGAUCGAGAGCCUGGGAGGGGGCGGGGCCAGGUGCAUGCUGGGAGAAGUGUUCACACAUUGA